CAGUCGUACCGCUCUGACGGUUUAUUUUCUGGAUCGAUAGAGCACACAUCCGACCGCUGACCACACACAUCACCAGCGACUUCCACUUUGUAUCUUGUUGUGGUUGUUUAUUUGUUUGUUGUUGCAGACCAUGAACAAGACGCGGCGUCGUCGCGUGACGACCAGCGAUAACACUGCGGGAGCGUCGGUGUAUGAGCUCUAUGAGAUCCACGGCGAUGCGGCUGCGGCAUUAGCUGCAUGUCCCAACAGCCAAAAGCAGCCACAACCCAACCGACCCGCCACCACGGAAGACUACAACCGAGUGUUGCUCUCGUACAUGGCGUCAGAUUCUGGUGGAUUCAGCAGCAGCAGCAAGGUUAAAAUGAUUGCUGAAAUGGAGAAAUGGGAGGAUCUCUUUGGCAAAAAAGAAGCCUUUCCAACACUCAAAGCUCGCAAGCGCUCUCGAAAUGAGUGGAUCGCCGCCUACAACAGAGCUCUCAUUUUGCUGGCCAACGGAGAUGUCGUCAAAUCAAACCAAGUCUGUUCCGAAAAGUUGAACUCAAUGGUCACGGGAAAGAAAAAGUCAUCCAACGACAUGUCCAUGGUCUGCACCCGCAUGGGAUUUCUCUUUUUGGAAGGCAUUUUGGCCAACUCAAUUGCUUCCAACUCGGGGGUUUGUGACUUUGAUGGUGCCUUGACGGCUGCAUCAGUCAUUGAAUGGUUGGAAAUGCAAGAACCUGAAUCAGAUCCUCAAUUCAAAUUCCUUCUAGCACUCUACAAAAGCCGAAUGGACUUUGCGGAAAGGGACGACGCAGGAAAGCAUUUCGACGCUAAGAUUCGAUCCGCGAGAAAGGAACUCAAAACUGCCAUGGAAGUCUUUCAGCACAAACUUAGACCCUCCAACUCUGGAGAGGACUCACUGGCUUCAUCUCUAGAAGCUGACUCUGAAGUUCACAAUAUUUCUAGCCAGCAACAGCAAAACAAUCCCCCCAUGUCCUUGGUGUUGCAGAAGCAGAACCAAGCUGCGCUCAAUUUGAAAGCCAACGUGGAACUCAAGAAAAAUCCCAAGAAGUCUUUGAUUCUUCUGGCUGAGGCAUUGGCUGCCUCACCCGAGGACUCUUUUUAUGACGCUAUGCAUGCCAAUAACCUGGCCUUGGUCUACGAGACAAAUCUCAAGCGCCACCUCGCAAUUCAUGCCAUUGGCAAGGCGUUGCGUGUGGAUCUCCAAAAGCCUAACUUCCAGUCGGAUGGCACUGCUCGUCCUGAUCCUACCUUGGUGACAUUGUACAACUCGGCACUUUGUUCGUUGCAAGCACGCAAGUUUCUUUCCGCUUACGAAUGCAUGAGCGUUUGCAUCAAGCAUUCACGAGUCUUUUGUAAGCGCCCCAGGUGCUGGCUUCUCCUGGCGGAGGCUUGCAUUGGACUUCACGCUGAAGACAAGAAAGGAGCUGCUUCCAAUCUGUUGUCCAAAGUGGAAGUGCAGGGGGAAGCGAAAGGUCUUUUGAUUCAAACUAUUCCUUGUCAUGAAACUCAGGCCGAGGAUACAAAGGCAGAGGAAGACAGCGGCGAGCUGGAGUCUUUAAAGAAGGCGCCACUACUGCGUGCUAGAACCUGCUUGGAAACUGCUCUUCAUUUGCUCACGGAGGGGAAGGCUAUUGAUGAACACGCCCUUGACUCGACGCAGCUGGCAUUGUCCUAUGUCUCUCUUGAGCUUCGUGACUUUCCCAGGGCCCUCGUAUUGGCCCGUGCUGUCAUUGGCGAAGAUCCUUCCGACGAGGCCAAGGGGGCACCCAACCCGGCUGAACCGAAAGAUCGUUAUAAGCUUCGCAAGAUGGCAACGGCGCGAAUGUACGCUUCCGAGGCAUCAUGUGCUCUGGGUUCUCCAGAUACUGGAAUGAAAUUCCUGGUCGGAACAGGUGGCAAUGAUGCAUUCGAUCGAUUGGCUUCUGAGCUUGGAGGAGUCACGGUCAAAGUUGCGGCAAGCAGUGUCACUGGUAAAGCGCGACUUGCCAGAGCCCAGUGCAUGGUUCGCACGUCAGCGAGUGCCGCUUCAGCAGUGUUGGGCUCUGUGGCACCAGCGAAGCAGCUCGCAAUGUCGGCUCAGGCCAUGGAAGAUGCCUAUUCUUCCUCGAGAGAAGGUUCUAUCUCGCGCAAGGCUCUUGUCUAUUGCAUGCUUCGCGAAGCCAAUUGCAGUGCUGCCUUGUCUUUGUUGAAGUCGUUGACUUAGGCGGCAUCCCCUUGCUAGUAGCUUGUGGAUGGCUUGGUCUGCCUGAUGCGCUGUACGAGGGUUGCAGGUGCCGGUACCGGUCGGUAAUGAGGCUUGAGCGGGGUUUCUCGACUGUGGGAACGUAGAGCAUCUAAGGCACACACGCGUGCCCAUUGCGUUAGUGCGGAGUUUUGCAGUUGCAACAGUAAUAACAGUACUUGAUUAGGAUCAUUGAAACUGUG